AUGUUGAGGUCGAUAUUUUCAAAAUGGCAACUUCGCGCUUGUUUUCUCGGUCGUGAAUGCAAGAGGUUAUAAAACAUUUCACAACAAACGAUUCUUGUGUUUCUUCUCAUCGUCCAAUAAAAUUUGUAUUUUAGUUAAAACCAAGCCAAGAACGUUGUGAAAUCAGCAAAACAGCUUCAAAAUGAUCAUUCCGGUGAGAUGUUUUACUUGUGGAAAAGUAAUUGGCAACAAAUGGGAGGCCUAUUUGGGCCUGCUUCAAGCUGAAUACACAGAAGGUGAUGCUUUGGAUGCCCUAGGCCUGAAAAGAUACUGCUGUAGAAGAAUGUUGUUAGGUCAUGUGGAUUUAAUUGAAAAAUUGUUAAAUUAUGCUCCACUUGAGAAGUAGAAUAUAGUAAAAUAGAUAAUAGGAAUAAAUUUUGUUUGUGAUAAUCUUUUAAA